AUGUCGACGCCCGGCCGCACUGGCCGUGCCAGGGGCUUCGUUGACUCCGGACCAGGUGGGUCCGUCGAGGCGCGCUCACGUCCGCACCGCUUUCCCGGCGGCACCGGUUCAUCUUCACAUCGGUCCCGAUACUCCGCCACCGCUUCCGGCUCCAGCCACUGCUACCGGCACCGCGGACUCGAGGAGCCAAUCACGCACCGAAGGUCCAGAUCCCGGUUACUCCGGCACCGCGCUGGUGGCAGACCGUUACAAGCCAACGCCACCACCAUCUGGCAGGUCACCGGCUUCCGUUCCCCCGUGCUCAGGCGUGUGUGCAGCGCAAAUAGUUAUGUCCCUUCGAAGGGAUACGAGACUGUAUGUGGAUCCAAGCCCAAUGUUUCCCUCGUCGUUCAACUUGUGACGAGAGGGAACGGCAUGGGCAAGAAGCCUCGAGCCCCAAAGUCUAGGAGGCGCGACUGUAUUGACCUGCUCGCUGGUUCCUUCGUUCACAUUGUCGCGGCCGGCACUAUCAAUCACGGUCCUUCUGUUCGGAUCUUCACCGGCCCGAGAGUGUUUCACCAAAUGCAUGGCCGUCAGUCGUCGACUUUCUUCGUCGCAGCGGGUAAACGUGUUCCCCUACUCGACGACUGGCGUAUCGGGGACCAGUCACAGACUCCAGAUCACGAGGAGUGCGCCGGGAGCAAUCGUUCUCCAAGUGCAAAAGAGGCAGUGAAGGAGGCAGAGAGGUGUGAUCCCAGCAGCAUCUUCACUCAAUUCAGUGUGUAUAAGAUUGCGGUCUUGGAGGGUAACACUGAAAAAGCUGUGGAAGCAAUUGUUGCAAUGGGGAAGUUAGCAGCAAAGCCAGCUCAGCAUGAAGAUAAGCUACUAGCAGAUGGAAGUGCAGCCACCAGCCUUUUGAGUUUAGCUGCCCAGAUUGCUUUAGAGAAUGAACAACAGGCUGUGGCUAUCAAAGCUUUGGAGUAUUUAUCUCAGCACUCACAAGAUUGUCAACAAGUAUUUACAGCUUUAAAGUGUUUGGUUCGCCUUGUGUUAUCAAAAGUCACGGCAGAACCCAAAGAGAACAGGACUAAAGAUAUGGACACACUUCUGACUUACUUGACCUCAGCUCAUCGAAGACUUGCUGAGUCUUUUACGAAAAGGAGUAUGACACUGGAUAUGAGGACCCGUGAGGCUCACUGGUUUAGAAAAAUGGCUUGGAACUUGGCUGUACAGUUCGAGAACUGCCCAGGAACAAUGAGGGAUUUCUUCGUACUGUCGUUCAAGUUGUCUCAGUUUUGUCCUUCUGAUAAAGCUGUCCUGAUUGCCCAGAAGACAUGCUUGCUGUUGGCUGCAGCAGUUGAUCUGGAAAUGGGGCGAUGCAGUUUAACACUCACUGAACAGAUUGAGCUUCUAUCUCAGGCCCUUCAUCACAUCCAGGCAUGCAGGGAAAUCUGGAAUGUUCUGAAGCUAACAGGAGAUUUCUCCAAAGACCCAACAGACACAUUGCUGCUGCUUUAUGAAUUUGAAGCAAGAGCCAAACUCAAUGAUCCAGAACUGGACAGCCUGUUGGAACUGGUGUGGGAACUGCCACAAAUAGAGACUAAGACGCUGGAAACCAUUGCUUGUAAGGGCUCUGUUUACAUUUCCACAGUUCUUAAGGUCAUCAAAUGUCUGCACAGCUUGGUUCACCUUUCUCUGCCAACUGGAGUGAUAGACACAGAUGCUUGUAUACUGGAGGAGGUGUGGGGCUACUUUGAAGAUGCUCUGAGCGUUGUAGGCACCACAGAUGAUUACCCAGAGGUGGAGACCCUUUGGCUGAUGACCAGAGCCUGGAAUACAGGAAUACUUCAGUACAGUGUUGGUAAAUACAAGGAGGCUGAGCAGUGGUGUGGGCUCGGUGUGCGCUUUCUGAAUCACCUGAGAUCCCUGAAGAGCAGCUAUGAAAGCCAGAUGAUUGGUCUUUAUAGCGAGGUGCUGGAUAAGUUGGACAGAGCAAAGGGGUUCCUUCCAAAUGAAGAAUAACACUCAGUGCAGCAAGCCAGGGUGAUGGCACCCUCUGUAAACAUUCAGCUGGAUAGAAGAGAUUGCUAGCUUUUCAGCGAGUCCUGGGAACCAGCAGCCAGGGUCUGCUCCUCUUGGCCAUUUGAAAGCUAUGUACUUUUAAGGAAGUUUUUAUUGAAGAGCUGUAACUGUUUUCCUUCAGGGACUUGUAUUCAUGCUAGAGAGCUAUUUAAUGGUAAGAAGCUGAGUCAUAAUUUUAUGAGAUGGGGCUGCUGUUAUACAGCCAGGCUAGUUUAAAUGUAUGAAGUAGCAAUGUGAACAAUAAAAAUGUUCCAGCACCAUGUGCAUCUUGCAGCUGCCACAGUUGUCUUCCUACAUAAAUAUUUACUGGGUUGUUUAAUUUUCAGUCCAUUUCAGUAUGGACAGGCAUUUAGAACUGCUGGCCAGGAUUGCAGCUAUCAAUCACUUUGUUAUAAUAAAGAGAAUAGGUGGCUCGCUCACAUUGUCACACAAAAUGCUAAAGCUCUGGCUAGUGCUGCUGUUUAUAAGCUGCUAAAUAUAACAUACUGAGUUAGUCAGUGCUCACCCUUAACCUCCCAAAAAACAGUACACAGGCUGGAGACUUCAUCCACAGCCAAAUGGAUUGGGUGAAUAGACAACACCCCACCAGCUAAAAUUUAAUAGGACUAAUACAACCUGACCUAAGUAACUCUGGUGCAGCCUGUUUCACAAGCAGU